GGAAAGUGGGUAGAACUGUAUGUUUGCUAUUUGUAGUGAACCCGAUUUACAGCUGCCAAGUUUAUAUUUAAAAUCACAAAGUUGUGGUUUCAGUUUAUAGCAUCUGUUUUGGGGGUAUUUUGGGGAGCCUUUAUCCUGCAAAAUGUCUGGUUGGACUGCAGAAAUAACCAUUUCACUGCAAUUUGGCGGAAUGCGAGAGGGAGUGCUACGGUCUGGACCAGCUCUGGAGAUGAUUGAAGGAGGAGGAGGAGAUGGUGCUAGUAGCAUCGGGGAGAGUAGUUCAGGGGUGAGCUGUGGCAGCUCAGACUUUCUAAAUAACUCUGCUGCAGGAUCACAUGAAUGUGAAGGACAUCACCAAUUUCCCUCAAGGUUUGAGGCUGGUGCCCAGACAUCAACACCUCCAUCAUCAUCACCGUCAUCCAGGAUUGGCUUCCCUUGUGAGCAUCAUCAAGGAAACCAAAGGCAUAUGAACCCUCGGGUUGCACAAGUGCCGCUUCCGGCUAACAGGGCUGCAUAUGACCAGGAAUGGUACAAUAAAAGGCGCGGAAUAGCGUUGCUUUCUCAACAAGAUUCACCACAAACACAAGAGCAGGAAUGGUAUAAUAAAAGACAUGGAAUAGCUUUACCUAAGCAAGAUUUACCACAGACCCAAGACAGCUGGCAACAGAUUGCUAAGGAACUGAGAAACAGGGAAGUGAAGGAACCAGUCAGAUCAAGGCCAAAGCCUGUGGAUCAAGGCCAAGGGACAUCAUAUCAGUCGCAUGUUGAUCCAGAAGCUAAUUACUCAUACAACAUGGGGGAGAGAUCAGUGUGUAACUCACAUGCCGCGGUGAUGGUCUAUGAUAAUGAAGCCAAGAAAUGGCAGAAUGCAGGAGGUAGUCCAGGAAUUUCAAGAGUUCAAAUCUACUUCAACCCACAGAACGAUUCCUACAGAGUUGUAGGGAGAAUGGUAUCAGAUAAUACAGUAAGUAUUCCUAUCACAAAGUUUGUAGGGAAUGCACGUUGGGGUAUUUUUUAAAGCAAAAUUAAUCAUACUAACAACAGGCUAUUUUCCAUGUUUAACUUAAUUUUGGUUAGUUUUUAGAAUAACACCAUUGCUUGAGGAACCAUUCAUACUCUUACCCUAGAAGAUUACCGGUAUAUCAUACCUCUAUGACCCCUGUUACAUCUACUUUUGAGGUAUCUAUGAGGUAUGUGACUCCAACCCAUUCAACGAAGGAUGUUAGACUACCCACACUGAAGCUAGGUCCACUGGACUCCCUUGUUUAUAUCCAGAAAGUUGCGGAUCCGAGGGUAGGAAAAUGUAGACUGUUUGUCUCCAUGGCCAGUCAUGAAGAUGAUCCCAAAUUUUCUGACCAUUUUCAAUAAGUCUGAAGGCACACUCUAUUUGAGAUUUUGAUAAACUUUAGGAUUUGAAAAUGGUCUAGAAAAAGUACAGACUAUCUAUGUCAAUAUUUUGGACUUUGAUUUUAUAGUAGCUACACUUGAUAAUCCCUUCUCUCUCUCUCUCUCUGAGAUGGGUUCAAGGCAGGGAAAAUAUUACACGGGGCUCGGGGCGAUUUUGCCCUCAAAAUACUUGAUAGAGCCUCAGAAAUCCCCAUUUGUUGCAAUGUUAAAUCUUAUCUAAUAUUGCACAUUCAGGUAGUAAGUAGUGAAAAUUUGCCUGGUUCAAGGUAGAUAUGCAUUUGUAUAUCUGAAGAAAAGUGGUCCGAUGUAGGUCUGAGUCUACCCUGAGACCAUGUCUGUAGGUGGUACGAAGUAGGUUCGCUAAAAGUUGAUCCGAGGUAGGUUUGACCCGUUAAAAUCUAAUUUCUUUCCUACUCAAAUUGGGCCUCAAUCGUACCUCAGGUACAUGAUUUUCAAAAUGUAAAAUUGGUUUAUUUAGCUUUUAAUGGGACAUUUGAGAGGAAGCAUAUCCGAGGGGAGUGCCUCUAUAUUAAUAUCAGACAUGCCAAGUCUCACACCUAUGGCAUGAGACUCCCACAUUAGGGACUAUUGCUCAUCCCAUAAAUCUCUUUCUCACACCUGUUUCUCAGCCUAUCUUUAUCAUUACACAAUCCUGAUGAUCUCACACCAGGUCAUGGUCCCUUGCCCAAAAUCUCAUGCAUCGCUGGUCUUUUAACUUGGCAUUUCCAUACAUGUAAUUCUGACAAGAUGAAAAGAAAAUGAAACUCAAAUGAAAUCAUUUGGGAAAUUUUCUGAAUGAAGUUUGGAGUUGACAUUUAUGUACAGAUCAGUUGUGGUAGCUGCUUGUUUCACUUUCUAAGUUUGUAGGUAAAAAGAAGAAAAUAUAAUUGUGACAGUGGAUUCGUUUUCAAAACGAUUUCCUGAUUACAUUUAAGACCAGGAACUCGUAGGAGGUUAUUUUAUUAUUAUCAUUACAGCCACUUGAAUUUAGGGAAAACCCUACGUUUUACAGAAUAAAAAAGAUUUAGUUCUUUUAUUAUACUCAUUGUGUUUCCCUAAAUUUACUCACUUUCUCUUUACCUUGCUUCACAAAAUUUGCAUGUAUUUUUUAUAAACUUACACUGGGUAUUCAAGAAAAAAAAAAUUACAUGUCAGCAGUCAGUUGUCAUUCUUAUAAGGAUUCUUCAUCAAAAUAUUUUUUUUAAACUGUACUUUCGAACAGUUUAACAGCUUGAAACAAGACCAUUUAACUUAAAGGACAAGUCCACCCUAACAAAGAGUGGAUUUAAAUAAAAAGAGAAAAAUACAACAAGCAUAACAAUGAAAAUUUCACCAAAAUUAGAUGUAAAAUAAAACGUUAUGACAUUUCAAAGUUUCGUUUAUUUUUCACAAAACAGUGAUAUAUGCACAACUUGGCAACAAGCAAAUGAAACAGUUGAUGAUGUCCCUCACUCACUAUUUCUUUUGUUUUUUAUUGUUUGAAUUAUACAAUAUUUCAAUUUUUACAGAUAUGACAAUUAGGACCAACUUGACUGAACCAUAUAGUAUUAGUAUUAAACAUUGCUAAUUCCACAUGUGCAAGAGGAAUUAAUCGUUGUCGAACAUGACAUUGAGGAGAAAAUUAGAAUAUUUCAUAUUUCAUAUGUAGAAAACCAUUCCAAAUUAGAAUAUUAACAGAUGAAAAAAAAAGAUGCAGUGGCCACUACGUUUUUGUAUGAUUGGAAUACAACAGUAUAAUACACAUUAUUGACCCCUUACCAUAGCCAGGCUUUAAUGGUUUCUUUUAUUAUUUCUUCUAAAACACAUUAUUAUCCUUUCUAACACACUGUGUUGUACAUUGGUAUUGUGGCUGUCAUCCACAUUCAUCAUCGUUUUAAUGCUUGUCGUUGUGAAAAUGAAAGAGAGAACAUUGCUUUUUAUCAUGCUAUUUAAUCAUUGGUUGCUAAUUAACUUCAAAAGGAAACAUUAACGAACCGAUAUCACAUUGAUAUACUUCCUGGAGUUUAAUUGUGAGGUUAUUGGGUAACAUCAAAGAUAAGUUUUGCAAAUGCAAGUGGUUUAUUUGAAAUAAACUUUUAAUGAUU